AUGAGCGCCCUCGAAGGUCAAUCGAUCGUCCAAGUCUGCUCCGCCCUGCAGGAGGCAGUUACCAUGCCAGCGUUGUUCGAGCCAGUGUUGUUCAAGAAACCCUCUCUACCGAGCCGCGCUGCCGGUAUCGGCCUCGUCCUGGCGGUUCUGGCCGUGGCCGGCUGCCGCCAGGGUUAUCCACCAGAGCUCAGUCUGGAGGUCCCGCCACCACCGGAAACUCGGGUCGAAGCGGUCACCGACGUGCUUCACGGCCUGGAGCUCAACGAUCCUUACCGCUGGCUGGAGGACCAGGACAGCGCCGACACCCGCGCUUGGAUCGAGCGCCAAAACGCCUACACAGACCAGGUGCUAGGCGACCUGCCGCAGCGCCAGCCAGCGGCCGAGCGUCUGGCCGAGCUGUUCGAGACCGAUGUCACCAGCGCGCCGUUGGUGCGCGGCGAGCGCUACUUCUUCAGCCGCCGCCUAGCCGACCAGGACCUGCUAGUGAUCUAUCUGCGUGAGGGUUCGGGCGGUGCCGAUCAAGUGCUGCUCGACCCCCACGACGCCAGCGAGGACCACUCGAUCAGCUAUCAGAUUCGGGACGCUUCGGCCGACGGCGGGGUGCUGGCCUAUGCGGUACGCAGCGGCGGCCAGGACGAGACCGAGAUUCGUUUUCUCGACGUGGUCUCGGGUCAGGAUCUACCCGAAGUCCUGAAGCAGGCGCGUUACAGCACGGUAGCGCUGACCCCCGACGCCAGCGCGGUCUACUACAGCCGCUUGGAGGCCGACGGCCCCCGCUUGUUCCACCACCCGAUGGGCACCGAUCCGGCCGAGGACCGGCAGGUCUUCGGCGAGGAACUCACACGCGACAAGCUGCUCUACGCCAACCUCUCCGAGGACGGCGAGUUCUUGACCGUUAAUGUGCUGCACGGCUCGUCCAAUGAUCACUCUGAGGUCUACUUGAUGGCCACUGCCGACCAAACCUGGACGACGGUGGUCGCCGACAUACCGGCGCGGUUUCUCGGCUCGGUGAUCGACGGCCAGAUGGUGAUGUCGACCAACUGGAUGGCACCCAAGGGUCGGGUGUUGGCGGUCGACGCCGAGAAUCCGCACCGCGACGAUUGGCGCGAGGUCGUCGCCGAGCGCGACGACGCGGCGAUUCAGUCGAUUUCGGCCGGCGGUGGUCGGUUGUUCGUCAGCUACCUGGUCAACGUCGCCUCGCAAGUCGAGAUGUUCGACCUCGAAGGCCAAUCCUUGGGCGGCAUCGAGCUCGGCACCUUGGGCUCGGUGCUCGGACUUGGCGGAAGCUGGACUAGCAAGGAGGUCUUCUUCAACCUGACUUCUUUCGCUUUGCCGGCCACGGUCUAUCGUUAUGACGUCGACAGCGGUGAGCGCUCGGUGUGGGCCAGCAGCGAGAUGCCGAUCAACAGCGACAGUUUCGCCGUCGAGCAGCUGUGGUUCGAGUCCGCCGACGGCACCCGCGUGCCGAUGUUCGUGGUUCACCAGCGCGACUUGGAGCUGGACGGUAGCCAUCCGCUAGUGCUGACCGGCUACGGCGGCUUCAACGUCAGCAAUACGCCACGCUUCUCGGCCAGUGCCGCGGUCUGGGUCGAGCAAGGCGGGGUCUUCGCGAUCGCCAACUUGCGCGGCGGUGGCGAGUUCGGCGGGGACUGGCACGCUGCCGGCAGCGGAGCGGUAAAGCAGAACACCUUUGACGACUUCAUCGCCGCCGCCGAGCACCUGAUCGCCAGCGGCUACACCAAGCCUGAGCGCCUGGCCAUUCGCGGCGGCUCGAACGGCGGCCUGCUAGUCGGAGCGGUUUCCAAUCAGCGGCCCGAUCUGUUCGCCGCCGCGGUGUGCUCUUACCCACUACUCGACAUGGUGCGCUAUCACCAGUUCAUGAUGGGGCCCUACUGGAUCGGCGAAUAUGGCUCCGCCGACGAUGCUGAGAUGUUCGCAGUGCUGCGGGCCUACUCGCCGUACCACAACGUCGAACAGGAAGCCCACUACCCCGCCACGCUCUACGUCACCGGCGACGGCGACACCCGGGUAGCGCCGCUUCAUGCCCGCAAGAUGGCUGCCCUGAUGCAGGCCACCCACGGCAAUGACACGCCGAUCCUGCUGCGCUACCACCUAAAGGCCGGCCACGCCGGCCCCCCGCCGGUCAGCGAGCAGGUCGCCAACCAAAGCGAGACCCUGGCGUUUUUGCUCUGGCAGCUCGGGGUCAGCUGA